UUUUGAUAAUGAAAAAUAUUGAUGAUUAUUGUUUUAGUUUCAAAGAUAAAAUUCGACAAGGAUCUUAAACUUAAGUUUAUAUAGCGACAAAGCAAAAAACAGGAGAAAAAGUCACAAUCAAAUGGUUGAAUAAAACAGAUAUACGAUAGUAAUAAAUGCUUUCAUCAAAAUAGAGAUGAUAAAUUAAUGGAGGGGUUUAGAAUUGAAAUUUAGACUUAUUUUAAAAUACUCAAGAGUCCAAAUAUUUUGGCUGUUUUCGAUGCCAUCGAAACAAUGAAUAGUUAUUAUAUUAUUUAAGAAUACUGGGAUGGAGGAGAUUUAGAAGAGUAACAUAUUUUAUAAAUUUCAGGCUUUUGAAAAAAUAAAAACUACUUUCUGAAAAAGAUGCAAUCAAAUUCUUGGUUGAUAUUCUUAAUGGGUUCACUCAACUUAUAAAAAAUGGUAUUAUUCAUAAAAAUCUUAAACCUGAAAAUAUACUAAUCGAUAAAUAAGUAUUUGUGUCAGCAUAAUCAAGACCUAUAAAAUAACUAAUAUUGACUUUGUCGAACGUGGGAAUUGCAUUAUAUAGGGUACUUUGGUUGGAACUCCACUUUACAUGAGUCCUCAAACCUUGGAUCUCUUUAUACAUAAUGCAAAAUCAGAUGUAUGGAGUUUAGGAAUUAUACUGUAUGAGGUCUUAUUUGGAAAGAGUAACAAUCUUCACAAUAUCUAAAAGCACCUUGGACAGGCAAAUCCCCUAUUGAGCUCUUACAAAGCAUAAAAACUUAGCCUUUAAAAUUCCCUACUGAUAACAAUUAAGUUUCUUUAGAAAUCUAAGAUUUAAUAAUUGGAUGUUUAUAAGUAGAUGAAAGCAAGAGAUUAUCAUGGGAGGAAAUCUACAAGCAUCCUGCUGUAUCCUAAUACUUCACUGUAUAAAUAUUUAAAUGAUAUCUAAGGAUUUUAAUUUAGGCAAUAUUAAAUUGGAAGAAAAAGACACUUAAUAGAUUUUAUAGAAAGAGAUGGACUAGUUGAAGAUUGAUUCAGAAACAGCAAAAGAUAAAGAUCAUGAUGCAAAGGCAUUUUCAAAGACUGAAAAUUGAAG